UUUAAACAGGUGUCUAGAAAAUCAUGUCAGAAGAAAACAGAGGUAAAGUAGCUGAAAAAAUACACAGUGACAAAAUAACAUUAACAAUUCAGUAGAAGAGUAGUCCAGUAUAUGGUCUGAAAAUGUAGUAUGUUUUAAGUUCUUUUGUAUGACAAGAACUAGUUUAUUGGAGCAACGUUUUAAUCUGCUGUCAUUCUAUCAGUAUUCUGAGUGUUUCAAAUGUGAUAAUUAAAGAGAGUCUUCUGUUUGUAGUCCCUGUAUAUUUGAGCAAUAUCUAGAGUUUUAAACUAAUUCAGGAACAAUUAUGCCUACAUCAUUAUUUCCCACCAUAAUCGUGUAUCAUACAUAGUCAUAGCAAAAAUCUUACUACUAGUAGUACAUUUUUAUUUGGUUAAAGUACAGGAAACACCCUAAAUUAUCAAUGUAGUCUCCGUAUGGAAAAACUGGAAAAUACAUAAUUUCAAAAAUAUUUAACUUACUUACUCUAAUAAGUGUUUUUAAAACAGAAGUGUAGCUAGAGGAAAAAUAAUUACUAGUUAAUUUAUAUACAUCCUGUACCCCUUGAAACAAAUAAUGUAGCAACUUGUAUGGCAUGACUCCAAGUUGGCUGGAACUCAAGGUGAAUCUGCCAAGACUGUAAUUUUAAGUGUUUCCCUAGAUAACUAAAUGGUUUCUAAACUGGAUUUUUUUUUUUUUGCAUUUAAAUAAAAACUGAAAUGGUUAAGUGGCUUUAGGUUUUUUAAGUAGCAGACUAAGAAUGUACUACUUCUCAGGAUACCUGUGUGCCCAACAUAGAUAUUUAUGCACUUCUUAGGAUACAGCUGCAAACAUGUAACUACAGAUAGGUUAUUUUCCUCUGUAGUGCAAUGCAAACGUACUUGAGUUGCUAUACUCUUUUUAGUUCUAGAUGCCUAUAGUUUUACUGCUUGCUUUAGCAUUUAUUUUUUUUUAAAUAUAAGGUUCAUAUAUAUAAUUCUGUCUAGCUGCAGGAAGUCUAACAGCAGGUUGAUGUGGCUUUGUCUGUUUUUCUGGGUCUUUCUCAAUUUCUUCUCUGCUUUAUUUUAUCUCUUGUUGCUUCCCUUCUGCCUUCAUUAGGUCUUAAAUACUGAAGUGCUGUAUGUGCCAGAAUGUGUCUUCUGUUCACUUACCAUCUUCUGCUCUCCUUCUCUUCUUGGCUGACUUAUUUUUUUAUUUCCCUCCUUUUUUGUGGAGAAGAUUUCCCAGCAGUUCUAAAAUAUUUUAAUGUAUUCCUCUGAGUGGCCUUUAUUUCUGCAUUGCUUGCUUCUGGGGCCCUGACUGAGCAUUCUUUUAGCAAGAUACAUUCCAGCUUCUUCAAUAACAGACUAGUUCUGUUUUGGAGCAGAAGACAAUACCAGAAAAUCUGCCAUCCCCAAGAGACAGAUAUAAAAUGAAAUAUCUUCAGUAUGAAGCAGAUAUGAAGGAGGAAUAUCAGAAAUAUUCUCGGAGAAUUGAAGAAAAGAAAAAAGAACACCUCAAGUGUCCAGCAGCUUCAAUAAAGGAUGAACAUGGUGAUGAUCUUACAGCUCUUGAUAAGAAAGCUCUCCUGCAGCAACAUUACACAAGCAAGCCCCAGCACAGUAUAAGGAAAUCAGAAGCUGAGGAUGAUGCUGCAGAGAGGAGAAAACAGGCUGUAGUAGAACAAGUGAUGGUGGAUCAAUUAUCUAGAGCUGUUAUAAGUGACCCAGAGCAGUCCACACGUGCUGAUGUUCACAAGGAAGCUCAAGGACUUUGGGGACUUGGGACAGCACCAAUGCGUUUUAGGAAAAGAACACUGCAUGAAACAAAAAUAAGGACCAAAUCAGGAUUAACUGAGAACAUGCUCUCUAACAAGCUACGCUUUGAUAGUAGGAUAAUAACCAGAAAUGGUCAUGAUGCUUGUAGAGAGUUGCUUGGAUUUUUCUUUGCAUGUGACAGAUCCCUUACUGUGUACGAGUUUCGACAGUUUGGAAAAAAUAGAAAAAAUGCUUUGCCUUUUAUUCAGAAGGGAGUUUAUCAACAUCAACGUGGACAAAAGAAGGGAAAAGCUUAUGAUCUUAGUGACUUCUACAUUGGAGCUAACCUGACUUUCCGAAGUGUUGAUCAUAGCCUUCCAGAAAGUGUUAAGCAGAACCCAAUUCUUACUCUUCGUGUGAUUACUAUUGAUGAAGCAGCUAUGGAUUUUCUGAAAGGGAACCUCCUGUGUUUCAGUUUGUGUCCAUUGUCUGCUGGCCUGUCACUGGGCUGCACCAAGCAGAGCCUGUCUCAAUCUUCUUUACUCUUUCCUGUAAGAACUUCUGUGGAAUUCAAGCAAGAGCCUUCCAAGCAAGUGGUUGAUGAAUGCGAAGUUUUCAGGAAGAUUCAAGGUAUACUUAGAGAGCCACUGAGGAAAAGAGGAGUUCGGGUUAUAACUGGCUUAGGAAAGUAUUUCCGACAUGUAGACAAAAACAGAAGUGGUUUUCUCUCUCAGGCAGACUUUAAAGAAGCUCUCAAAAUAUUUCAUUUAGAAAUACCUGAAGAGGACUUUGAAUCUUUGUGGGUUAUUCUUGAUGAUAGCAAGAGUGAUAAAGUCAACUAUGGAGAAUUUACUCGUGCUGUAUUUGGAGAAAUGAAUGAAUAUCGGAAAGCAUUUGUAAGAAAAGCUUAUAUGAAACUAGAUUUCAACAAAACUGGGAGUGUGCCUAUGGUAGAUAUCAGGAAAUGUUACUGUGCAAAGAAACAUCCUCUAGUAUUGGCAGGCAAAGCUACAGAAGAAGAAAUUAAAUCAUCCUUUCUAGAAACACUAGGAGAGUCCUGCAGCAAUCCCAAUGAAGUGUCCUAUUCUGAGUUUGAAGAUUACUAUGAAGGAUUAAGUAUUGGAAUCAUGGAUGAUGAUGAUUUUGUUAAUAUCUUGAGGAAUCCUUGGGGAAUUUAGAGUGGAAGACAACAAAAAAGAAGAGACAUUUUCUAAACAAAGAGGGAGCCAAAUAAGGGCAGAUUUAGUCUUGAUGUGCAUCACUUGAUAGUGUCUUAAACUAAUUUCAGGGACUGAAAAUUGUAGAUGCUUUCAGAAUCAUACAUGGCAAUUGUCUUAGUGUCUGUUGAGCCAUGCUAAAAUAUAAAAUAUUUAUUUUAUAAAUAUAAAUGCUGUUAAUUCCUUUUAUUUGGAAAUAAUAAAGACUGUUCCCCAUACCCAAAGGCAUAAUUUGAUACUAGAAUCAAGUGGCCUAUUUUAAAAUAAGAGGGAAUUACAAACUAAAAUGCAAGAAUAGAUGCAAGAUACAGUUUAGUUUUAUGAUGCAUUGUGAAAAGCUUUGAAUUUAGAUUUGUAUAAAGAUUAAUUGUAGCUUUUCUUCAGAGUUUUCUUCUUAUAAAAAAACCCCACACGUUUAUUCUUAUAACAUUCUUUGUCUCAUUUCUUGGUUCUUAUGCUGGUACUUAGCCUGCAAAGAGAGCAAGUCAUCCUUUUCCAAUUGUGAGGAUGUCUGCAGUACUGAAAGCACAGAGGUGUUCACACCAAUUAGCCUUUGAACUCCUGUGUGGACCAUUUUGACUGAUCUGAUUUUUUCAUCAGGCAUGUGAAGCUGAACAUUGAAUCACACAGGUUUUACUAAGCACACAUAUAUUAUAUAAUGCACUUCCUCAUUCCUUUCUUUUGCUAAGUGGUUUUCAAAACAAAUAAUUUAUAUUUAAGUAUCUGAUUUCUGUAUUUUCUGUUGCUAUGAUUUUUUAACUAAACCUUAGCAAUGAUAUCCUUCUUCAAACUGAUAGACAGCAUUUCCUAUCUACUUUGAAAAUAAAAACCAGAAAAAAAGCGCCUCUGUCACAACAAAAAUGAAAUAAUGAAUUGAAAUAUUCCUUGCUAUUUCAAAUAUUCAGCCAGAUACACUUUUCAAUAUAAUGUAUGUUGUUAAUUCUGUAAAAUUAUUUGUGUUAAGAAAUAAAAAAUGUAUUAUUAUUAAUUACAUAGAGAGAAAGCCUUCAGUUUCAAUAUGUCUGUCAUCUAAAUUAACUGUAUGUUGAACUGCAUUCCUUAGAAUAUGCAAUAAAAACAUACUUCUUUCC